UCGUAAGGCAUCUUCGUGGAAGAGACUAAUCAUGUCCUUCUUUUUCAACACGGUGCACCGAGUUACAGGCCUAUAUAUAUCCACUCGAUUUCUUACAAGCUUGGAUCAAUCUUGUGCUUGUUCAUCUAAUGGACCUUGCUUCCUCUUCCUCUUCUUCUUCUUCCUCUUUGCCUACCAGAGAUGUCUUCCUCAAUUUUAGAGGCGAGGACACUCGAAAAAACUUUGUCUGCCAUCUUUACGAAGCUCUGAAACGGCGAGCAGUCAAUGUUUACCUUGAUAAUGAAGAUCUUAGAAAAGGCGACGACCUUUCGGAUCUACUGAAAGCCAUUGCCGAAUCAAAGAUUUCAAUUGUAGUUUUCUCUGAAAACUACGCGACUUCCACAUGGUGCUUGAAAGAACUGGUCAAGAUCCUGGAAUGCAAGAAGGGGGAGCAGAAGCAGAUUGUGAUGCCCAUUUUCUACCGAGUAGAUCCUUCCCACAUUCGUAAACAGACGGGAAGUCUUGGCGAAGCUUUUGCCAAGCAUGAACGCGACCGCAAAAGAGACAAGGAGUUGCUGCAAGAAGUGCAGACAUGGAGAUUUGCUUUAAAGGAAGCCACCAACUUAGCUGGCUCGGAUUCCAAAAAUUAUGAGGAUGAUGCCAAGCUCAUUGAUGAUAUUGUAAAUACUGUCUUUGAUAAAGUGAAUUGGAUCUCGCCACGUAGAGAGUAUGGCUUGGUUGCAAUGGAUUCCCACCUGCAUCAAGUGGAACGACUAUUAUAUGCUGCGCCUGAUGAUGUUGUCUAUGUUGGAAUCUGGGGAAUGGGCGGCUUGGGUAAAACAACCAUUGCCAGGGCUGUUUAUGACAAAAUUUCUCAUCAAUUUGAACACCGUUACUUCCUUAUUAGAGAUGUGAGGGAAGGCUUCAUGAAGAAAGGUGGUGAGGUACGGAUGCAACAUCAAUUUCUAUCUGGAAUCUUGAAGGUAAACCCCAACAAUUUCGAUGGGGAUUACAUGAUCGUGUGGUUGGAAAGGCUACGUGAGAAAAAAAUUAUAGUUGUUCUUGACGAUGUAUCCCGUUCCUGGGAAAUUGACGCCUUACUCGGAAGCCUAAAGGAACGUUCAUUUGGUUGUGGUAGUAUAGUCAUUGUAACAACUAGAGAUGAACAAGUACUAGGUGGAUUUAGCAGGAUAUACAAGCCCAACCCAUUAAGUGAUCCUGACUCUCUUGAACUCUUCAACCAGAAUGCCUUCACAACAAUGCCACCCUCAAAAGAGUAUGAUGAUGUUUCAAAACGUGCAAUCGAAUAUGCUCACGGUCUGCCUUUAGCACUUCAAAUCUUGGGAGCUCAUCUUCGUGGCAAACGUGCAUCUGAGUGGGAACAUGUGUUGGAGAAAAUAAAGAAUGUCCCAAACCCACACAUUCACAAUGUGCUUAAAAUAAGCUUUGAUGGACUAGAUGCCACCGAAAAGAACAUAUUUCUAGAUAUUGCAUGCUUUUUCAAAGGAAUGCACAUAGAGUAUGUAGAAUUUAUUCUGAACAGUUGUGGCUUCUAUGCCAGCAGUGGUUUAAGAGUUCUAAUUAACAAGGAUCUUGUAAGUUUCUCAGAGUUUGAUGGGCUCAAGAUCCAUGAUCUCCUACAUGAAAUUGGUAGGGAUAUCGUCCGGAAAAAACCUUGGAAGCAUAGUAGAUUAUGGAGUUAUGAAGAUGUUCAGGAGACCAUAGCACAAAAUAAGGCUAUGAAAGUUGAAGGCGUAAUGAUUGAAUUGGCCGACUCAGAAGAUAUACAUGUAGAUGCUGAAGCUUUUGUUAGUAUGGUGAACCUGAGAUUGCUCAGAAUCACUUACCCCCCAGAUGUGAACUAUCAUCAUGGGUCCUUCAGAAAAGAAUUUGAAGGGGAAUUAUGGCCGGGGCACAUGUACCGAAUGGAGCACAUGUACCGAAUAUAUUCUCGCUGUAAAUUACACUUGAAUGGGGACCUAAACUGUCUUUCUCAGAAGUUGAGGGUUCUCGCUUGGCAUGGUUGCCCUCUAAAGUCUUUGCCGUCCAAGUUUAACCCCAAGCAUCUUGUUGACCUUGACAUGCGUGGGAGCCACAUCGAACAACUUUGGCCAGAACCCAAGGCUGCGAAAGAAUUGAUAAGCAUCGAUUUAAGUUCCUGUAAAAAUCUUAAGGAAAUCCCCCUCUUCACCGAGGCGCCGAAGCUUCAGAAACUAAUUCUUUACCGUUGUACAAGUUUAGUGGAGGUUUCCCCAUCCAUUUCAGAUCUUACAGGCCUUGUUUUCUUGAGUUUAUAUGGUUGCACAGAACUUAAGAUUCUUCCAAGCAGCAUUCAUAUGAUGAAAUCUCUCAAGACCCUUGUUCUUUCCGACUGCUCAAAUCUUGAGAUGUUUCCCGAGAUUUCAGAAGAUGUGGAAGCACUAUCGGAGCUCAAGUUAGAUUGCACUGCGAUUAAGGAACUACCAUCCUCAAUUGUACGGCUUCGGGGACUUAAAUCCCUUAAUCUUUCUGGCUGCAGAAAUCUUGAGAUGUUUCCCGAAAUUUCAGAAGAUAUGGAAGCAUUAUCGAAGCUCGAGUUAGAUCGCACUGCGAUUAAGGAACUACCAUCCUCAAUUGUACGGCUUCGGGGUCUUAAAUCCCUUGAUCUUUCCUACUGCAAAAAUCUUGAGAUGUUUCCCGAGAUUUUUGAAGAUAUGGAGGCACUAACGGAGCUUAUAUUAGUUGGCAGUGCAAUUAAGGAACUACCAUCCUCAAUUGAACGGCUUCGUGGACUUAAAUCAUUAAAUAUGAAUUACUGCAGAAGCCUUGUCUGUCUUCCGGACAGUAUCUGUGAUUUGGCAGACCUUAAACAUCUCGACCUCGGCUUGUGCUCAAAACUUUGCAACUUGCCUGAGAAUUUGGGGUACUUAAAAUCUCUGUUUAAACUUGACGUUAUGGGAACUGGUUUAAAACGACUCCCGGUCUCUAUCUUACAUUUGAAGAUUGGAAGAUUAUCGUUUCUUCAUUGCAAACAAAUGGAGGCCCCCCUUUCAUCAUGGCCAUCAUCAAUUGAAGUUCGUUGUACUGAUGUGGUGCAUCUUGAUUUUAGUUAUUGCAAUCUGAAGGAUUUAUCGGAUUCCAUUGCUUAUUUUCGUUCAUUAAGGGAAUUGAACUUGUCAAGUAAUAAGAAUCUGACGAGCCUGCCUGCAGCCAUGAAUCAACUGGGUUGCUUAGAACAGCUUGAAUUGGAAGGUUGCGAGAGUCUGAGAUCAAUACCAGAGCUUUCAUCAAGAAUAAGUUACAUAAAUGCGCAUAAUUGCGUAGCUUUGGAAGCUGUUUCAACACCACAGUCUCCCUACGAUAUCGUUCGGUGCUUCAAAUUCGGUAACUGCCAUAAGCUGGUACAGGAAGAUAUUUUCAGAGAUAUUGUAGAAAGACAUUCUCCUCCUCAGGGUAAUUGUUCCCGACCCUUUUAUUUCUCUCUUCCUGGAAGUAAAAUUCCAGAGCAGUUCAACCAUCAGUGGAGAGGGACUUCCGUAACUGUCCCGCUACCACAAAAUUGGUUUGACAAGAAGUUUUUGGGGUUUGCUAUAUGCGCGGUUACUAACGAGCCCCAAAGUGUUGAUUAUCGAUGUUUUUGGAGUUUGACUGAUCGAUGUUUCUGUACCUUCAAAGGAGAACAUUGCGAGUACCGUUUCAGUUUCUAUUUGUUCAAUACUCAUUUUCGAUAUCGCGAGAAUUGGCUUGUGUCAAAUCACAUGUUACUGGGAUAUGUGCCAUGGUCUGAAUUUGGCAUUAAUGGAGAGGAAGUGAACGAACGCUCUUACACUGAGGCCAAAUUUGAGAUAGAAUUGCACUAUGAAUUCGAAGAAUCGGAAGAAUCGGAGGAGGUAGCAUUCAACCCGAGCAUCGAAAGGUGCGGAGUUCGAUUCUUUUUUGCCAACAACGAGGAUGAGGAAGUUGCCCAUCAAGAUUUUGGGGAACCAAUAGUACAUAAUUCUGAGAUCAGGAGCCUUGACGGGUGCUUGGCUGAACGCAGUGGUAGUGACAUCACAAGUGACACCUCUGAUGAGGAGGAGCAAUACCUUAAAUUAUCGGAAGUUUUUGAAGGUGCAAACAGAAAACCAAGUUACAUCAUAAAUGAGGACAAUGAUUCAUCUCGGAAGAGGAAAACUCUGGAACGUUGGACACAAGAAGUCAGACCUCUGAUCGAAGUGGUUACAUCGGGUCUGAUCCGUGGGCAUCUGUAUGAUGGUUUUAGCUGGGACUGCGAUGGGUAUAUUGAAAACCAUGGCGGAUUAAGCUGUGGCCGGUAUGCUUGUACACAUGAACCUGGCUGUCGGGCCCGAGCUGAAAUGCGAUCUUUCAGUGACAACAAAACAAUCCUUGAAAUUACUUACAUUGGGAGGCACACUUGUUGGAAAACUCUUCCAAUGUUGACACACCAAGUAAGAGUUACACCACGUAUGGGGAUUGAAGGUCCUUUUGAUGGCUUUACAUGGGGGGAGUACACCCAAACGAACAUACCAGGAGCUGAAUACCCAAGAGUCUAUUAUUACGUGUGCACUCCUCAAAAUGUCAAAGGCUGCAUGGCCAUAAAGGAAGUGCAACACUCCAGUGAUAAAAAAAUCCUGAAAAUUACUUACAGAGGAAGGCACACAUGUAUAGAAGCCUCCGACAGCAGUAGUAUCUCCGCGGGCAGUGAUGCAUCAAGUAUUCAUGAACAAGUUGUCCAAUCAUCAAGCUCACCAGGAGCCAAUGAUCAUGGAGGAAAUGAAAUCAGAGUAGCCGACAAUCCAGUGGAUGAGGAUAAUGUGAUUGUGUCACGAGAUGCAAGCCCACAGGAUAUGUCAAAUAGAAAGGAAGUUGCUGCAAAGAAAAGCAAAGGUGAAGAAGUGGCUGAGCUUGAAGUUGAGAUGACAGAAAAGAAGAAGAAGAAAAAGGAUAAAGACAAUGAUGUUUUGGAUUCUUCAGAUGGGGAGAAAUCUGUGAAGGUGAAGAAGCACAGAGAUAAAGAAGAAGCUGGUUCACCACAAACUAAAAAGUCUGAAAAGAAGAAAAAGAAGAGAAACAAAGAGGCUGAAGAUCAUGGUGCUGAUGCUGCCACUGAUAAUGGCAAGGGUGAUGGUGAGGCUGAUAAGAGUGAGAGAAAGAAGAAUGAGAAGAAGAAGCACAAACAACAGGAAAUAACUGACAGUCCUGUUCCAGUUCCUGCAAAGAAAAGCAAAGGUGAAGAAGUGGCUGAGCUUGAAGUUGAGAAGACAGAAAAGAAGAAGAAGAAGAAGAAAAAGGAUAAAGACGUUGGUGUUUUGGAUUUUUCAGAUGGGGAGAAAUCUUUGAAGGUGAAGAAGCACAAAGAUAAUGAAGAAGCUGGUUCACCUCAAACUGAAAAGUCUGAAAAGAAGAAAAAGAAGAGAAACAAAGAGGCUGAGUAUCAUGGUGCUGAUGCUGCCACUGAUAAUGGCAAGGGUGAUGGUGAGGCUGAUAAGAGUGAGAAAAAGAAGAAUGAGAAGAAGAAGCGCAAAGAAGAGGAAAUAACUGACAGUGCUGUUACAGUUCCUGCAAAGAAAAGCAAAGGUGAAGAAGUCGCUGAGCUUGAAGUUGAGAAGACAGAAAAGAAGAAGAAGAAGAAGAAAAAGGAUAAACACAAUGGUGUUUUGGAUUCUUCAGAUGGGGAGAAAUCUGUGAAGGUGAAGAAGCACAAAGAUAAAGAAGAAGCUGGUUCACCUCAAUCUGAAAAGUCUGAAAAGAAGAAAAACAAAGAGGCUGAGGAUCAUGGUGCUGACGCUGCCACUGAUAAUGGCAAGGGUGAUUGUGAGGCUUAUAAGAGUGAGAAAAAGAAGAAUGAGAAGAAGAAGCGCAAACAAGAGGAAAUAACUGACAGUGCUGUUACAGUUCCUGCAAAGAAAAGCAAAAGUGAAGAAGUCGCUGAGCUUGAAGUUGAGAAGACAGAAAAGAAGAAGAAGAUGAAGAAGAAGAAAAAGGAUAAAGACAAUGGUGUUUUGGAUUCUUCAGAUGGGGAGAUAUCUGUGAAGGUGAAGAAGCACAAAGAUAAAGAAGAAGCUGGUUCACCACAAACUGAAAAGUCUGAAAAGAAGAAAAAGAAGAGAAACAAAGAGGCUGAAGAUCAUGGUGCUGAUGCUGCCACUAAUAAUGGCAAGGGUGAUGGUGAGGCUGAUAAGAGUGAGAAAAAGAAGAAGAAGAAGAAGGAUAAAUCGGAUGCUGACGAAGAAUAGAUGAAAGGUUUAGUAGUAGUGUCUUUGGUGUAUGCCUCUCUUUUCUUUCGUUUACAAUGAGAAAUUUUCCAUCUAACUUGUGGAUUUUCAUAUCUCGCUUAUGUAAUUUUAUCAAUUUUCUCAUUUUU